AUGAGCGCGCCACAGGACUCGCCGCAACACCGUACGGUCAGAGGGAAGAGAGUCGCGACAGGCCAACCACCCUACACCAACCCAGGCCACUCGGGGCCCACGACGUUCUUUCUGAAGAGCGAGAAGGACAUCGAGGCUGGCGCGCAGCAGCAGCGAGGACGCAAGAUGUCCCGCGCCUCAGCAUCGACACAAGACGAGAACACUUCGCCCACGCCCAGCGGGAGCAUGAGCGGCGACAGCAGCUUCGGCGUCCAGAGCCUCGAAGACACCAUCAACCCGCCUCCCUACCACGACUCCCGCUCCCUCUCCCGCACCGACAGCAACAUCAGCGACGCCAGCUUCGACCCGAGCGCCGACCCCACCCCUCUCUCCAGCCGCAAGCGCAAAGCAGGCAACCCCGUCCACCCACGCAUCGCAGCCGCCGGCCAACGCAUCAUCUCCUCCGACCACCUCUCCUCCCCCACCCAAGCGCCGCGGAAUGGAUCACCCGUAUCGCUGCGCUCAAUCGACUCGCCGGUACAUUCCCGUCUACGGCGUGGUUCGGCGGCGAGUUCGUUGAAUCUGAGUCAGCCCAUUACGCCGUUGAAGAUGAGCCCGCAGCCCGCGUCUGCGAUGCCGAGUACGCCGCGCUCCGGGUCGCCGAAGUCUUUCCGGUUGAGUGAUGGGGAGGUUAGUGAGGCGGAUAGUCAGGCUGUGCAGUCAUCGUGCGGGGAUGAAGAAGAGGGGGAUAGUGAAGUGGUUGGGGCGGGAGCGAUGCCGCAGCUUGUGAUGCCGAGUAUUGCUAUGCCUUCGAGACGGCCUUUCACGGAGAGGGGAAGGCUGAUGGGAAGGCUGAAAGUCAUGGCCAUUGGGCAGAGGGGAGUGGGUAAGACGAGUCUGAUACAGAGCAUGUGUCGGGCGUGCGAGGACGUGGUGCACGUGGAUUCGAUGGCUACGGGUCCGUAUGGUAUGCCGGAGUCCCUUUGCGAUGAGAGCGCUUGUACUGGGACUAGGAAGAUCGAAGAGAUUGGUGCUUCCACACGGCCGUACCCGUCUUGGUGGACGGAUUUCGAAACCAGGCGGAUGUUGUUGAAGCGGAAGAGUAUGGGCGAAGGCGUGCUGGAGCGGAAUAUCACGUUUGUUGACACGCCUGGCUUUCACGAGGGUCAUCAUGUGAAGCAGGUGCUUGAGCACUUCAAGUCUUCAUUAUCGAGGAUGACGACCAUGGGGAAGAUGGGGGACAGUGAGUUGAUUGGUAUGUUGAGCGGGGAGGGUGGGGUGCAGACUGAUGCUGUGAUCUAUGUCUUCGAGCCGCAGGUGGAUGCGAAGGAGGCAGCAGACGCCGAGAACAGCGAGCUGGAUCUACUGCGCUAUCUGUGCAAGUGGACGAACGUGAUACCAGUCAUCGGACGCGCGGACGAGGUCGACGCAGCUACGAUUGAGGAGCGGAAGAAGCAGCUUCUCGCCAUGUUCGAGCAGCUCGAUGACAAGCCCUUCCUCAACGAACUCCUUUCCACCUUCUCCAAGGAGCACCCUGCAGAGCCCUUCGCCAUCUCCUCCGCCCUAGCAGACGACAGCGAAACCAUCGAUGCCAGCGUUCUCAUGUCCUCCUCUUACCUCCAACCCCUCAUCCCCAGCGAACUCGACGUUUUCGUCUCCGCCCUCUUCGAACCCAACAACACCGCCCGCCUCCGCCAUUUCUCCGCCACCAAAUUCCUCCUCUGGCGGCAAGAGAAUCUAGGCUCGCUAUUCCAAAACCACCUCCUCCUCGCCAGCCCAGAAAUCCCCGACGAAACGAGCAAAGUCCUCGUCCCUCACGGCGACUCAAGCUACUUCCGCUCCGCCUCUCCAACCACGGACUCCGACAACGCUGCCGGAAGAGGCCCAUCACCUUACGCCCGUGCCCUUGCCAACGCCUCUCCUAGCGAACCGUUCCGCCAACUUCGUCUGGCGAAGUGGGCGCAGGAUCUGCAGCGCAGCUUGGACAACGAGCGGAGAAGGGUGCAACAGCGUUUCUACCCGAACUCCUCUGGUAGCAGCGCUGAUAGCGAUGAGAAGCACUCACCCACCCUCCCCCUCACAACCACCUCCUCCCAACCGCGCGGCGCUAAAGGUCGUCUCGGCGGCCCCGUCGCCAUCAUCGACCCCCGCGACCCUCUCGGUCUCCUAGCUUUCGGCCAGGUUUUCAGGCGAAGAGGGUACGUGGUCAUGCGAGUCGCAGCUGGUGCGGGGGUUGUAGGGGCGGUUUGCUGGUGGGUGCUGAGGAAUUGGACGGAUGUGCAGGAGUGGUUGGGGUUUGGUGGGCAGGGGGAGGUGUGGAGUGUGAGUGCUGUGCCGGCGCCGAGUGCGGGGGUGGAGGGGUGGAGGGAGUGGGCUGGGUUGAGGUGA